CGGACCUUGGGCUGUUUUUUCCUGCCAGCUUGCUGCAAAAAAAGGGGGAGCGGGUAGCAUUUUGGGUCGCAGGCUGAAUUAAGUGCACGACCGGGCAGUGUUAUUGACGAAGGGAGAUGCUACACGUCCACAGCGAGCCGUGUUUGUUUUUGCUGGCGAAACGAGGCAGCGGGUGGAGAGUCGCCACAGACACGCUGGGCUCCGGCCAAACAUCACCGCAUUUCAAGCACUUGAUUCGAUGCCAGGAAUUUGCAUUGAAUUGAAUUUGCUGCACCGUUGAUCUGCCGUGUUUUUUCUUUUUCUAUUUAAUACAUCUAAAAACGUAUUUUUGUAAGGCGCAGGGUGGAAAUAAAUGCAGCUUGUUUGAGAGGAUACCCCCCCCCCUCUCCUCCAGAUAUCCGUCGCUGCCAUGACAGGCAGAGGUCUUCUCUCGACCGCGGCUCGGCCGGCUGGAGAAGAUUGAUUUAGGGACGAUCGGGGUCGCGACUGCGGAUGUCAUUGUGUCGGUUCGGAGCCCCGUGAACAGCAUCCGUGCCAACGCACCGCGAUUCUCACUCAGGGAAAAAGAGGAGAGAGUGAAACAACAUGUCCUCUCGGUCUGCAUUACCGUCUGGAAACGACAGGAGUACUGGCGACCAUCAUGUUUCGUUGGGGGCCAGCCGCUCCGACAAGGCCACCAGCCAGUCCAGCCGGUCCCUGGGCGCCCGUUGCAGGAACUCCAUCGCUUCCUGCUCUGACGAGCAGCCGCACAUCGGCAACUACCGCCUGCUGAAGACCAUCGGCAAAGGAAACUUUGCUAAGGUCAAGCUGGCCCGCCACAUCCUGACGGGCAAGGAGGUUGCAAUAAAAAUCAUUGACAAAACUCAGUUGAACCCAACCAGCCUACAGAAGCUCUUUCGGGAAGUACGAAUAAUGAAAGGCUUAAAUCACCCUAACAUAGUGCAGCUGUUCGAGGUGAUCGAGACUGAUAAGACGCUUUACCUAAUCAUGGAAUACGCCAGUGGAGGUGAAGUGUUUGACUACCUCGUGUCUCAUGGGAGAAUGAAGGAGGUUGAAGCCAGAGCCAAAUUUCGACAGAUUGUCUCCGCCGUCCACUACUGCCACACAAAGAAGAUUGUCCACAGAGAUUUGAAGGCGGAGAACCUUCUGCUGGAUGCAGACGCCAACAUCAAAAUCGCCGACUUCGGCUUCAGCAACGAGUUCACGCUGGGUAACAAGCUGGACACGUUCUGCGGCUCGCCGCCGUACGCCGCCCCCGAGCUUUUCCAGGGCAAAAAGUAUGACGGGCCCGAGGUGGACGUCUGGAGUCUCGGCGUCAUCCUCUACACGUUGGUUAGCGGCUCGCUGCCCUUUGAUGGGCAGAACUUGAAGGAGCUGAGGGAGCGCGUGCUGAGGGGGAAAUACCGCGUGCCCUUUUACAUGUCCACAGACUGUGAGGGAAUCCUUCGCCGAUUCCUGGUCCUCAACCCCACCAAACGCUGCACCCUAGACCAAGUCAUGAAGGACAAGUGGAUAAAUUCAGGGUACGAAGAGGAUGACCUGAAGCCCCACAUAGAACCCAUUGAAGACUUCAGCGAUCCGGCUCGCAUAGAGGUGAUGGUGGGGAUGGGCUUCACAUCCGGAGAAAUCAAGGACUCUCUGCUCAAUCAGAAAUACAAUGAAGUCACCGCUACCUACUUACUACUCGGACGCAAAGGCGAUGAGGCCAGUGAGGCUCGGACAGCUAGUAGCCUGUCCCUGGCAAGGGUUCGACCCAGCCCCAUCACCAAUGGGACCAACAAGCACUCCUCAGCAACUGGCUCCUCUUCGUCCUCCACCUCCUCCUCACAUAGCAAGACCCAGCGCAGUGCCUCCACCUACCACAGGCAGCGGCGGCACAGCGACUUCUGCGGCCCCUCCAUGCCCGUCAUGCACCCCAAACGGAGCCCCACUAGCACAGGCGAGCGUGAGCUGCGGGAGGGACGAAUGCCGUCACGUAAAGCCAGUUGCAGUGUAAUGGGGAGCCACAGCCUUCCUCCCUCCAGCCCAAUGGUCAGCAGUGCCAACAACCCCAACAAGUCUGAAAUCCCAGACCGUCGUAAAGACAUGACCGCCACCACGAAUAACAUCCCUGGAAGCGCCAUGACACGCAGGAAUACAUAUGUCUGCACUGACCGCUCAGGCGCUGACAGACACUCUCUUCUGCAGAACGGCAAAGACAACAGCUCCCUGGGGCAUCGCAUGCCCCAAGCGUCUCCCUCCACGCUUAGCAUUUCUGGCACAGGAGCUGCUGCCGCAUCCUCGUCCUCAGACCGAUGCCGCCUGACCCGAGGCUCCACCAUCCGCAGCACCUUUCACGGGGGACAGCUGAGAGAUCGUGGGCCCCCGGUCUACUCAGCCCCACCCACCUCACCCACCUUGUCCCACCAUGACACCAGCCCCCUGCCCCACGCCCGCACCAGGGCAACCUCCAACCUCUUCAGCAAGCUGACCUCCAAACUUACUCGCAGGGUCAACCUUGACCCGUCCAAGCGCCAGGGCUCAAACAAAUCUGUCUCGGGUUGUACUCUUCCACAAGGAUCAAAAACAGUUAGAUCCCAAAUGAAUCUGAGGGAAUCAGGAGAUUUGCGGUCUCAAGGUCAGUGCUCUUGUUCCAGCUGCAGGACAGCACUUUAUUGCCAUGUACCUUGGUAUCAAAAAGCGUCCGAGCCCCGGACCGUCGGACGUGGCAGGGAUCUGAGAGGUGGUGUGAGGCGGGACCCUGUGGAGGUGGUUCUGGCCUUGCGGGAGGCGGCGCUCGGAUGUGGCUGCCUGGUCCACCACGCCGGCCCAUUUCUGCUUUCCUGCACCCACGGCGUGGCAAGGGGCCGCGUGGCUUUCGAGGCCGAGGUGUGUCACCUUUCCACGGGCACCUCGGAGACUUCUAACGGGGUGCGCUACACGCGACUCUGGGGGACGCCGCUAGCUUUUCGUGACAUUGCCACCCAAAUCUCCAAGGACCUUGAACUUUGAUCGGAGAGACGUGUUGUUCGAGCGCUUGCUGGUGUGUGAGCGAGUGUUGGAUGUGUGCGUGCAAAGAGAGGUGGGGGUGAAAAUAGUUGAAAAAAACAAUGGCAGUGAAGGGGCGAGGGGCUGGACCCGAAAGAAAAGACUACUCCUUCUGCCUCUUUCAACAUUACACCCCCCCCUCUUCCUCCCCCCCCCACACAACCCCACCGCUCACCUGCAAGAACACACACACUCACAGUCACACAGAUACGCACACACCUGGCCAGUAAAGUCACACAGACUGAGGCACCUCUUCACCCGACCCCGCUCAGACACAUUUUUGAGUAACUGCACCCAAUGGACCUUGAUCAGACGCAGUCUAUUUGAAUAUUUUUUAUUGCUAAUCUAGCCAUAAUGACUCUAAUUUGUUAUUUAUUGCUGUGAUCUUUCCUUUGACCCACAGUCACUUUCACCACUACAGAAAAACAUACUCCAUUGUGCACGGAACAUGCCAGUCCCUAACCCCCCAUUCCUCCUUACCGAUGAUUAUCUGCAGACCUUUUGUCACCUGGGGACAAUAACAUUGAAACGUUGAUUAUGUUCCAACUCAAUGAUCAGACAGGCAGCCAGAGGGUUGUGUGGCUCUGAUCCGUGUACAUACGGCAGUGACAUCUGCACUGGAUUAAGGUCAGGGGGAGCGGUGGUCGACAGGCCUUUGAAACAGCCAAUCAGAGUCUGACUAGGGAUAUGUUCCGCGUUGUCGUCCGUUACAGUUGUUGCCUCUCAGUCACAUUACUUUUCUCUGCACCGGACUAAAAUUUGUCCAUUUUUUAGCUUAAAUUUGAUUGAGAUUUUUGGGGCGGGACAAUUUAAGAUUCUCCACAGAAUUAAAUAUUAUUUAACUUCAUAUUAAUUUACGUUAUUUAACGUUCCCCCCAUCGCUGUCAUGAAACACCAUUUCUAUGCCUGCGUCUAUAAAAGAAUGGACAGAGAGGCCGGCAAUGAUCACAAGCACACAAGCUGCACUCUGGUUGGCUGGAUUCAUCGUUUUGUCGGCGGUGGUCACUGUCAGUACAACGUUUUCAAAGCACUUCGGUUUUCCAGACCAGCGCCAGAGCGACGAGCUCGGUUCGCACUGCAGACCCGUGAAAUCUUGCAGUCGUUCCGCCGCGAAAUGAUACCAUUUCUCUGGUUUCUUUUCCAGUGCGAUGCAACUCUUCGAGUUCUCUUUUUCUGCUAUCAUCUCAGUACGUUGAUGAGAAGCACCACAAGCGGAUCAGGCUGAGCAGCAAAACCUCUCAGUUACACACUCACCUUCAAAGGCACACAGAGAGAAAGACCCGUCUCUAAAUGUCCACCCUCUCCCAUUUUUCGGCACAGUCUAUGAACUGGCCUGUCCAUUAUUGAUGACUUUGUGGGCCAGGAGGAUCACAGGGGGAGUGUUCUGAAUCCGGAAAGGCCCAAUGAAGGCAGUGUGCAGGGUGUUUUCUUCUUGUUAGUCCAGUUGCCUUUAAAGUGAAACAACCCCCGGCGCCUUCACACCGUACAUAUUUAAUGUAAAAAAAAGAACAAAAGAAAAAAAAGAGAGAGACAGUAAAAAAUGAGAAAGCUUUCUAUUCUCCCUCCCUGUUUUUAGUGAAUAACGUACUGUGAUAUUUACGUAGGCUACAGAGAUCAUGUUGUUUGGCUGCUGAUUUACUGUUAAUACUAUCUCUCAGUUGUGGCUUUGCUCAUGGUGACCCCAAGAUGCCCCACUCCCAUUUCCUUCCCCACCCUUCAUAAACACCGCCCAAUUCCCUACAUUUAACAGGGAUGCCAACCUUGACGCCACCUUUGCACGUACAACCGCCUCUUUUCUAACCUCCCAGCCGGGCGACACUCAACUGUCAUCCACACUCUUGCAUUGUAGAACCGUGUAUGACAUCUUCUCAGUCCUGUUUGUGCUGUUUCACGGAGCCCGUCUGGGGGGCAGGCGGGAGUCGACCCGUCCUCCUCUUCGGGGCGAGAAGCAAACACCAAUGUGGACACCGUGAUUCUGUCCUUGCCCUCUUCCUGGACGUUUCUCAUUGUGGUGUAUAUUAGCAUUAGGUAAUAUAGACCUCAAUGCACUUUUCUUUGACUUGAAUCAGCUCCUUCCAGUGUACCUGUACAGAUAAUACCAAGAACUUGCCACUGGAGGGCGCCAAUGUCUUAAUGUGAAACACUUCAAUUUGUGGAUAUUUGCACAGGUACCUUAUUUAUUUUUUAGAACAAUAUCAUUUGAAAAAAACGGUUUUAUAUCAGUCAGUUGGUGACUGUAUAUAAAAUAUAUGAAUAUAGUAUAUAUCUUAGAGCUCAAGGUUUAUUUAUAGCUAGAGCAAGGGAAGUACUUCUAGUUUAAAGCAGAUGAAAGCAAACAAUGGGGAAACAAAACCAACCUGCAAUCCUGCAUGACUUCAGAGUUUGGGUUUUAGGGGAAAAAAUUAAACAUGAUGCACAUAUUUGGGGGACUUGGUGCUUCACAGUGCUUCACUGCAACUUAUUUGCUAGCGGAUAGUUUCAGUACACUCGCAAGUGUGCAGACAUGACAUGAAAUGUACCACAACGUACACGGUGUGUAAGAGAAAUGUUCACUUGUAGAUCCUGCGAGGACACUUACAUUUGGGGACAAUUGUGUGGUUUGGUUCUAAUUUAACUUGAAUUUACAGUACGUCCUGAACAUAUCGAAAGCCCCGGGUUGCAUUCAAGCCAUAAAAAUGUCACAUCACUGUCUCCCGAUGGCAAACAUGAACCAGGUUAUUUGCGUCGUCUUUCGGUGGCAAUUACCAUGGCGGUAUGGGAAAAAAAGCAAAUAACUUAGUGUAAAACAACUCACUCUUAGUAUAAGGUGGAUGAACAUUGUCUUGAGAUUGAAUCUACUGUGAAAAAAUCUUAAAGAUUUUGUUGACCUGCUUGAUGAGUAAACAUGUUUGUACCUGCUCAGAGACGGUGUGUCACUGGUAUGGAUGUAGAUGGUAUAGUGUUAGGACGCCAAGGGGCUCAGUAUUUAACAUGCACUGUCAUUCCCAAAAUGAUUUUUGGAAACAGCUGCAUGUUAUAUGCAAAAGAGACUGAAGAACACACACACAGUUUAACCUGUAUGAGUAAUUUUACACUGCUCAACUGUUUGAUUCCUCCCCUCAGAAACAAACUGUAAACUCAGAUUGACUGGUUGUGGUUUAUAAGGAGAACACAGAGCUGAAGAUUAAUAAAAUUCACUGAUGUUGGCA